GCCAGUAAAACCCUCUCAGCCGCUCUAAAACACCGCUAUAUAAAUUUGUAUAUAACGUUUCUCCCAAACCCUUAUUGUUAUUAAACCCUAGUUCUCGCUCCCCUCCUCUCUGCCUCUCUCUUUCUCCACCCUCGCCCAACGCAAAACUCUGUGAAGGUGUCUAGGGGAGGUCGUCAAUAUGCUUGUGCUGUUCGAGACCUCGGCGGGCUUUGCCCUGUUUAAAGUUUUGGAUGAAGGGAAGCUUUCCAAAGUUGAGGAUUUGUGGAAGGAUUUUUCCAAUGCAGAAUCUGCUAGACAGGUGGUGAAGCUGAAGGCUUUUUCAAAGUUUGAGAACAUGUCAGAAGCCUUGGAAGCAACCACAUUAUUGAUUGACAGCAAACCGAGCAAAGGUUUGCGGAAGUUUUUGCGAGCCAACUGUGAUGGGGAAACCUUGGGUGUUGCUGAUUCUAAACUUGGAAAUAUAAUCAAAGAGAAGCUGCAAAUAGAUUGUGUGCACAACAAUUCUGUUAUGGAGUUGAUAAGAGGUUUAAGACAUCAAUUGAACGAACUCAUAGCUGGCCUAGCUGUUCAAGAUUUGGCACCAAUGAGCUUGGGAUUGUCUCAUAGUUUGUCUAGGUAUAAACUGAAGUUCAGUGCCGACAAGGUGGAUACAAUGAUCAUACAAGCUAUUGGAUUGCUUGAUGAUCUUGACAAGGAGUUGAAUACUUAUGCAAUGCGGGUUAGGGAGUGGUAUGGUUGGCAUUUUCCAGAGCUUGCUAAAAUUAUUCAGGAUAACAUACAAUAUGCCAAGACAGUGAAAUUAAUGGGCAACCGUGACAAUGCGGCCAAGCUCGAUUUCUCUGAGAUACUGCCAGAGGAGGUUGAGAGUGAGCUGAAGGAGGCAUCUAUGAUAUCAAUGGGAACUGAAGUUAGUGAACUUGACUUGAUAAAUAUUAGAGAACUCUGUGACCAGGUCCUUUCUCUUUCUGAAUACAGAGCCCAACUGUACGACUAUCUAAAAAGUAGAAUGAACACCAUUGCUCCUAAUUUGACUGCACUUGUUGGAGAGCUCGUUGGUGCCCGCCUAAUUGCUCAUGGUGGCAGUUUACUUAACCUUGCCAAGCAGCCUGGAAGCACAGUGCAAAUUCUUGGAGCUGAGAAGGCUCUGUUCAGAGCUCUGAAAACAAAGCAUGCAACUCCCAAAUAUGGUCUUAUCUACCAUGCAUCCCUAAUUGGUCAGGCAGCUCCAAAGCUCAAAGGAAAAAUUUCUCGGUCUCUUGCUGCUAAAACUGCAUUGGCAAUUAGGUGUGAUGCUUUGGGUGAUGGCCAAGAUAACUCCAUGGGACUUGAAAACCGUGCCAAGCUGGAAGCAAGGUUAAGGAGUCUUGAGGGUAGAGAGUUGGGACGUGUUGCUGGGUCAACUAAAGGCAAACCCAAAAUCGAGGCCUAUGACAAGGACCGAAAGAAGAGCAUUGGGGGCUUGAUAACUGCUGCCAAGACAUAUAAUCCUGCAGCCGAUUCACUCCUUGGAAAACUUGAGAAGGCUAACGAGGAGGAAGCAGAGGCUCCAGUAACUGGUGAAGAGAAGAAAGAAAAGAAGAAAGAAAAGAAGAAAAAGAAGAGGGUAGAAGAAGAGGAAACGGUUAUGGAGGAAGAUUCAAAACCAGAAGUUGAAAUUGUUGGAAAAGACGAGAAGAAGAAGAAAAAGAAGAAACGAACAGAAGAGGCUGAAGAAAUACAAGAUGGUGGUGAUGAAAAGGAACAGAAGAAGAAAAAGAAGAGAAAGCAUGCAGAAGAGGUAGAAGAGGAAGCCGAACAACCAAGCAAGAAGAAAGAAAAGAAGAAGAAAAAGAAAAGUGAAGAUUGAGUUAUGGAAGGAACCAUUUUUGUUAGCAUAGGCUUGUAAAAUUUGGUUGUUGGUGAUGCUUUAUAUCCCUGCACUUUUCAAGUUUAAGAUAUAACUCUAAUGUAAUCUCCAAUUUCUUACAGAUUCUGAUUUUCAUGGAGAAAACUUCCUUCUAGUUGAAGAGCUUCUUGCAUUAGUCAACUCUUCCACAAGGGAAUAUGGUAUUUGUGAUUGAAAUGUUCAGCUAUAAUGCAGUGUGUUCUCUUGAAUUUUUGGUU